AUGUCCCUCUUCUUCCUCUGGCUAGUCCGGGAGUGCGGCAACCACUCGGUCCCUGCCUCCGCGCCACCGAGGGGGCGCAUCUGGCAACGGAGGACCGCCCAGUCGGCCAUCGAAAUGUCUCACACAUCUGGGCCCUCUAGCCAGCUCCGGGGUGGGGGCGUUUCCUGGUGGAGUUUGGCGGAGAACCGUUUGGUGUGGAGGGACGGCUGCAGCAAUCCAUCGGUUCUCUUCUUCGGCGCUCACGUUCAUCCAAGAUACUUCUUCAUUCACGUCCUCUACCUCACAGACAAUUUCCGGGGCGCUCCCAAGGUUUAUUUGUUGCAAUUUCUGCCCGGUCCAUGCUGUCAUCCAGCGUCUGCAUUGCUCAUUAGAGGUUUGUUUUUCCUCUUUCCAGUAACCUAUUAUGUUGGAACGCUGGGAACUCACACUGAGAUCAAGAGAGUGGCAGAGGAAAAGGUUACCUUGCCCUGUCACCAUCAAUUGGGACUUCCUGAGAAAGACACCCUGGACAUUGAAUGGCUGCUCACGGAUAAUGAAGGGAACCAAAAAGUGGUUAUUACGUAUUCCAGUCGUCAUGUCUACAAUAACUUGACUGAGGAGCAGAAGGGCCGAGUGGCCUUUGCUUCCAACUUCCUGGCGGGAGACGCCUCCCUGCAGAUCGAGCCUCUGAAACCCAGUGAUGAAGGCAGAUACACCUGCAAGGUGAAGAAUUCAGGACGUUAUGUCUGGAGCCACGUGAUCUUAAAAGUGCUAGUGAGACCGUCCAAGCCCAAGUGUGAGCUGGAAGGAGAGCCAACGGAAGGAAGUGACCUGACGCUACAGUGUGAGUCUGCCUCUGGAACCAAGCCCAUUGUGUAUAAUUGGCAGCGGAUUCGGGAGAAGGAGGGAGAGGAUGAACACCUGCCACCCAAAUCUAGAAUCGAUUACAACAACCCUGGCCGAGUGCUGCUGCAGAACCUCACCAUGGCCUCCUCUGGGCUCUACCAGUGCACAGCAGGCAACGAGGCUGGAAAGGAGAGCUGCGUGGUGCGAGUGACUGUACAGUAUGUGCAGAGCAUUGGCAUGGUUGCAGGAGCAGUGACAGGCAUAGUGGCGGGAGCUCUGCUCAUUUUCCUCUUGAUAUGGCUCCUAAUACGAAGGAAAAGCAAAGAGAGAUAUGAGGAAGAAGACAGACCUAAUGAAAUCCGAGAAGACGCUGAAGCGCCCCGUGCUCGCCUUGUGAAACCCAGCUCCUCUUCCUCAGGCUCCCGGAGCUCUCGCUCUGGCUCCUCCUCCACCCGCUCCACCGGGAACAGUGCCUCCAGAAGCCAGCGGACGCUGUCGAGUGAAGCAGCACCACAGCCCGGGCUAGCCACCCAGGCAUACAGCCUAAUAGGACCGGAAGUGAGAGGUUCUGAACCAAAGAAAGCCCACCAUACGACCCUGACCAAAGCAGAAACCACACUCAGCACAAUGCCCAGCCAGAGCAGAGCCUUCCAAACUGUCUGACCUAGAGCGGUCUUGGCUUGCACUUUCCCAAAAGUCAGGAUCUUAGCCUAGUCACUGGAGCUCGCCCACCAGCCACGCAAGCCCCUCAGCCAGAUUCGAUCUCACUUAAGUAGCCGCAGAAAUGGCACGGACCAGUUCUGACCAGCACCCUCCUUAUGUAGGAUACCAAACAGACAGAAGGACGAAGGUGGACCUCUAAAGGCACCUCACUGUGCCUUCAGACAGAGUGGAGGAGGGGAGGGGCCCAAGCUUAUUUGGUGAAAAUAGGGGAAAGGUGAGGCUGCACACACCUGAAACAUCUUACCUAGGAAGUUGCAAGUCACCACAGUCAAGAAGAAGCGGGAAUCUCAUAGAUCGAUUUUCUAUUCAUUUCUGCAAAUUUAUUGGAUUAGUGUGAUUAUUCAGAUAGUCAAAACAGAAGCCCACGCCUUAUAAUAUACCUAUCUGCAACAUGUACCAGGAGAACUGCGUUUAAGAAAUUCACAUUAAAAAAAAAAAAAAAAAGGAGGAGGAAACACAUUUUUUUUUUCUACUUUGACUUGA